CUGAGACCGAACCGAAUCAGCGAAGGAAGAGGCAAAAGCAACAGUACCAGUAGUAACAGGACAGAAACAGUGAGACUCGGGUGGAAAUACCAUUCAUGCGUUGCGUAGUGGUGCGCGCUGUGUGUGUGUGUUUAUUGUUUAUCAAGAAAAUCAUCAUAAAUCAACCUAGUCUCUUCCACAAAAUAGUUGUUGCGCCGUGUGGUUUUCAAAGUGCAAUAUCCAACAACAUCACCUAGUCAAAGUGUGCAAAUACGAUUGCAUCCGCAAUUUGUCGCGUAAUCGAGUGUCGAAGCAAGAGGAACGAAAAAUAGUUGCGACCUCAAAAAAGUUGUCCCCUUCAAAUUCGAGGGCAGCGACGUCGUUUUUCUAGUGACGAAAGGAAAAUCAAUGCAUCACUAUCGUUUCUAAUACACGAAAAUGGCGUCGCGGCGUCCACUUGGAGCAGGUUCUAGCACUAUCAGUCGGGGUCUCAGCUGCCAGCACCAGCAUUGAGCAAGAGGACGCAUCUGCAGUUCGAAUUACUCAGUUCCGGGGGAAGCGCGUUGUUUUUUUUUUUGGCUGCGGUGGGAAGUGUCCAGGCCAGGCGAAUGUCAAUGUGAGUGAGCAAAGAUAUACAACACACCGAGUCGAAGUCAAAGGUGUCCUUCAAGAGUCUCAAGUAGCUCAAGGUAGCUCGCUUUUGGAAAGCAAAAGAUUAGGUUUAAGGAAAAACUCCACACACGACGAUGAGUUCCGGGCAGACCCAGCAAUUCUGUGUCCGGUGGAAUAGCCACCUCGGCAGCAUUGGAGCCGCAUUUCCACAGCUAUUGGCUGGCCAACGGUUCGUGGACGUGACGCUCGCCUGCGAGGGCCACCAGGUACACUGUCACCGGCUAGUACUGGCAGCAUGCUCUACGUUCUUCGAAAACCUGCUCGGCGAGAACCCGUGCAAGCACCCGAUCAUCAUACUUCCACGGGAGAUCAAACUGUGGGCUAUCCAGGCGCUGGUCGAUUUCAUGUACAAAGGAGAAGUGAACGUAUCUCAGGCCGGACUGCCAGAUCUGAUGAAGUGCGCCGAAAUACUAAAAAUUCGUGGCCUGUGCGGGUCGGAUGCAGCGCUUAAUCUCAACCAAAUUACCAGUCCCGGCGGUGGGAACAACACGGUUACAUCCGCUCCGGGGCAGACGCAAGAGUCCUCAACGAACCAAAGUUGCCAAAGAGGAAGCAGUCCUCAUCGUAGCGAGCAAGUCAAAGGGCAGCAGAACAGUGCCCUCAGUGGAACUAAGGCGGCAGGAAGUUUUCUCAACAGCUUAAAUUUGCAAUCAGUGGCCUCAUCGACGCCAGCGAAGGCAUCUAGUCAGCAGCAACUGCAACAGCAUAAUCUUCAGCAGAGCGGCGAUGAUGGCGACAGUGAUAACGGUGGCAGCGGGAACGAGCUGUGCAUCAAGACGGAAGAUCUAAUCAUAGAUGAGGACGCAGGGAAACCGGAUGACGACGAAGACGAGAUAGAGAUGGAAGGAAACGACAAAAGUCAAGCGGCAGAGGACGACGAUGUCGUCGAGGAUGAAGAAAUUGAAGGUUUUAUCGAAGAUGUAGUAGAUCAGGAACUCCAACCACUUGAUGAACGAACACGACUCAAUAGUAAUAGCAAUAGUAAUAAUAAUCAGUUCACUAUCACCAUCACCGACGACAACAGUACUAGUAACCCUUCUCCAGCAGAGUCCAAAACGUCCCAAACGAAAAAAGUGACCUCCUCCUCGCUUCCUCCGCCGUCGUCAUCGUCGUCGCUGCUGUCGAUUCUAACACGUGGCUCGAUUCGGGUGAAAUCGAACGAAAAUCUCUUUGAUCACUACAAUCAACAACAACAACAACAACAGCAACAACCAGAAGAGCACAGAAACGUAAAGAAAUCCGCGUCACGACAACACGGGUACUCGUCCGUCGGUGAUGGUGGUGGUGAUGGUGACGAUGGUGGUGGUGGUGGUGAUGGUGGUAUUAUUAGUAGUAAAAGUGUAGACUGUGGGACUGAUUCCGGCACAACCGGUCUUCCCUCUUCCCUAGUGUACAAUCGGAACACGAUGGAUAUCUACGUUAAACCAAAGAGAGACGGUGGCAGCGCCAGCACUACUAGCAAUCCGGAUAUCUCGUACGAGGAAGCUGGAAGCGAAAUAUCUGCCGACGGUUACGAGAACAUAAUCUGCUCGCCGAAUUUCCCUCAGCUCGGUGGCAGCAGCACGAUGGGCAGCUAUCAGGACGACGACUACGACGAUGAUUUCGACAUUCAAAUUCUGCCGGACGACAACUCGAUGACGAACGGCGAAAGCGAAGGCGGUGGCGACGAUGAGCUGGUGUAUCCUCCCCCGUUGCUACCGUUUGGAAAUUUGGAAACGAGCAUUACCCGUAUCCCGGUCAGUGGCAAGAUGCGAACGAACGGUGGGUCUAGAUUGCUCACACCGAUGAAGCGUCGACGCCACUCCAGCGGACGGGGAGGAAGACUGAUGAUGUCGGCGAGUGCCGGUUCUCGGGAUGCCAAGAUCACCAUGACGAACGGGGUGGUUAUUCCACCGUCGGCGUUCGUGCUCAGGAAUCCCCGAGGGAAUCAGCCCCGAUCGUACAACACGGACGCACUCUGGUCGGCACUGAUGGAUGUCAAAGCGGGAGAGAGCAUAUACAGAGCAUCACAAAUCCACAAAGUUCCUCGCAAGACGCUUCGCAACUGGAUGAAACGGUGGGACAUCAAGUCCGCUUAUCCGAUGCCCCGGCAGCUGAAGGAAGCGGCGGAGAAGAAGCGCAUCAUUAAGGAACUGACUGAACAAGCGCAGCAAAUCGGUGACGAACCGACGCAGUAGUAGUAGUAGUAGUAGUAGCAAACCAACCAACCAACCAACAAACCAAUUAUUAUUAUGUACUAAAACUUAAUAUACAUAUACGUUUUUACACAAAGAACGAGGGAACCCCGAAUGAAGUAAAACAAAUAUAAGAAAAUGAUAGUCAGUUUGAAACAGAUGGCAAAGAGAGACAAAUUUAUGAAUAUAUAGGUAUAUAUUUCUUGAGUUUUAGCCGCUAAGUCAUACCCCAUUAGACGUGUAAGGAUACCUUCCCCAGGAAAAGGAACGGAAAGAAGAUGGUUCAAAGUGAAAUCUAGUUCGGUAGCGUUUAGGUUCUUUUUUAUGUUUUUCAAAAAACAUACACAAAGCUAAAUAAAUGAAAAUCUCCUAUCUUUAGUUUAGAACUUUUGAUAUGUAAUUAUUUUUUAGUGAAGCACUUUUUCAUUACGUAUAAAUAUAUUCUAACUUACCGUAGAAUAUCUUCUGGGUAAGAGUGGAACGUCAUACAUCGCUGCUAGUGUGAGAAUGAUUUCAUACUGUAGAAAAGUACAUUUACUUCUAGUCAAAUGUUGUAAAACCACAAACCAUUAGCUUUUUUCAUCCCAAGGGCUUUAUACGAUUCUAGUUUUUAAUUGGCAUUACAUCAAUAUACAAAUAGUCACGCUCGGUUGCAAUGUAGUAGGUAUUUACCAUUUAUAUCUUUAGAGGGCAUAUGAUUAGUGUAUUUCGUACCUAUGAUUUCUACUAACUGUGCACCAAUAUUUUAUACAUCCCGUUUUAGUAAGUACUUAUUCCUUAAUGUGGUAGCUUUUCGGAACGAUGAGUGUUGUACCCGAGGGCAGUCUUGUUUGAAUAACUUAUUUUAUUUGGAACCAUUCUAGUGUCGUUU